CAAAACAUUUUUCGAGAACCAACUUCCCACGGUCAGAGUCAUGACUCGUUUGUUUGACAAACCAAAUACACAUACCUCUCCAACUCCAUUUCAUUUUCAAGCUCUUUUUUCUUAAAUUCUAAUCCACUAUUUCUACCACAUACACAAUUGACAAUACACCCACUUUAUAUCUCUACCUUUUGUCAGCCCAUGGGAGCCUGAGAAAUCUGCAGAAGUUGAAAAAAGUGGACACUUCUUGAUUCACAAGAUGAAGAUACUUUACAAGCUCAUGAUUCUCAUCUCAUUUGUAGCACUUGUGGAGUCUUCAUGCAAUACCACAGACCACAUAUUAGUAACCAAGGCUUUCAGUUCUGUCACUGGAUUCAACUCAUCUUGGUUCAAGUCCAUGGACUUGAACUGCACAAACCCCCAUAUAUCAAACAUAAGCCUCUCUUCCAGAAAUCUCACUGGCUCACUUUCUUGGAGGUUUUUCAGAAACUUGACUCAUCUUCACACACUUGACCUCUCCAAUAAUUCAAUCAAAGGCUCUGUUCCAGCUUGGUUCUGGUCCAUCCCUACACUAGUUGCAAUCAAUCUCUCCAAGAACAGCCUGGGAGGCGCCAUUGGUUCCAAUUCGACUCAUUUUUCAUCGAUUCAAUUCUUGAAUUUGUCGCAAAAUAGGUUCACAAACUUGGCUCGUUUGUCUAUUUUCUCAAAUCUCACAAGUCUUGAUCUUUCUCAUAAUAACCUCAAAAUCUUGCCUCUUGGUUUCAAGAACUUGACUAAACUUCAGUAUCUCGAUAUCUCAAGUUGUAACAUUUCAGGGAAGUCAAAGCCCAUCUCAGUUCUCCAUUCUUUGAGAUACUUGGAUGUUUCAAGAAACCAUCUAAAUGGUACAUUUCCAUCUGAUUUUCCAUCUCUUCAUAACCUCAUAUUUUUAAAUAUCUCUUUCAACAAUUUCACUGGUUAUAUAUCCAAAAUUAACUUUCAAAACUAUGGUCAUUUAGCUUAUAUUAAUGCUGGAAAUUUCAACAACACUUCUGAAAACAUCCAAAACCUUCAUGUCAAACCUCACCCUCUCUCCGCCCAGCCUAUCAAAAAACACCAAAAUCAAACAUCCACAAAGCCAAAACCAGAACCCAAACCGGAACUGAAAUCGAAACCGAAACCGAAACAUAACCACUUCAUCUUAGCCACAACACUAGCAUCAUCAACUCUAGCCUUAGCCAUGUUGGUAUGCUUAUGUUGCAUGUACAGAAAGAUAAAACUAGCCAAAACAAACAAAUGGGCCAUCUCUAAACCUAUCCAAACACCAUUCAAGAUGGAAAAAUCAGGGCCAUUUUCAUUCGAAACAGAGUCCGGAACAUCCUGGGUGGCUGAUUUAAAAGAACCAUCUUCGGCACCUGUAAUAAUGUUCGAGAAGCCAUUAAUGAAUUACCUCACAUUCAAAGACCUGAUAGCUGCUACUUCACACUUUGGAAAAGAGUCAUUGCUUGCUGAAGGCAGGUGUGGGCCCGUCUACAGUGCUGUGCUGCCAGGUGACCUCCACGUGGCAAUAAAAGUACUGGAACAUGCCAGAGACAUCGAUCAUGAAAAAGCUAAGCUCAUGUUCGAAGAAAUCUCAAAGCUUAAGCAUCCAAAUCUACUUCCUAUUUCUGGCUACUGUAUUGCAGGCAAGGAGAAGUUAGCAUUGUAUGAGUUCAUGGUAAACGGUGACUUGCAUCAAUGGCUGCACGAGGAGUUACCUUCCGGGGAACCUGACGUGGAAGAUUGGAGCACUGACACGUGGGACCAGCGCAACGAUAUCGAAUUCCGAUCCCGCAACGUAUCGCCCAAAAUAACGGAGUGGCGCGUGCGCCACCGCAUUGCCGUGGGUAUUGCCCGCGGGCUCGCGUACCUCCACCACGGGCAGUCUAGGCCCGUGGUGCAUGGACAUCUCGUUACGUCGAAUGUGUUACUAUCGGACGAGCUGGAGCCCCGAGUUACUGAUUUUGGAAUAAGUCAAGACAGUGUCAGCGGGUCAACGGAGGCAGACGUGUAUAGUUUUGGGACAGUGUUGGUCGAGUUACUAACGGGUCGACCAGGGUCUGAAGAGACGGUUGAGUGGGCCAGGAGAUUAAUUAGGGAAGGAAAAGGAGCCAAUGCAUUGGACUCGAGGCUGGGAGUGGGAGAUGGCUCAGUGAGUGAGAUGGUGGAGAGUCUCCGAGUUGGGUAUCUGUGCACAGCAGAGUCGCCUAGGAAAAGACCAACAAUGCAACAAGUUGUGGGUUUACUAAAAGACAUAAAUCCUGUUACUGAUUAAAAUUGAUUUUGGAAAUGCAAUGUUUGCUAUUUAUUGUU